AUGUCCCAACUGAAGCAUCUAAUCAAAGAAUUUCCCAGAAAUAUGAAAUUUUGCUUUGCUUAUGGAUCAGGUGCAUUCAAACAAGUCAAUAACGAUGGUAAUAAUAUGCUGGAUCUUAUAUUUGUCGUACGUAAUGCCAACAAAUGGCAUGCGGAAAACUUAGCGAAUAAUCCUAAGCAUUACGCUCAACCAAUGAGAUUUCUCGGCCCUAAAGUAAUCACGAGUUUACAAGAAGAAUCAGGCGCCAACAUCUAUUACAACACAUUGGUCAAAACUAGUCAAAACCAGUUUAUUAAGUAUGGCGUAAUUUCUGAGAUUUCAUUGGUGGAAGAUUUGCUAGACUGGAACAAUUUGUACUUGGCAGGGAGAUUGCACAAGCCGGUUAAAGUAUUAGUAGAACCUGACGAAAAUUCCCAAUUACGUACUGCUCUGGUGCAGAAUUUACAUUCGGCUGUACAUGCAGCUUUGUUGUUACUACCCGAACAUUUUACGGAGAUCGACUUUUUUAAGAAAAUCACCGGUCUGUCCUAUCACGGUGAUUUUCGAAUGAUCUUUGGUGAGAAUAAAGACAAGGUCAGCAAUAUCGUGCUACCGCAGUUGCAAAAUUUUAAGCAGUUGUACGAGCCAAUCUUGAAACAUUUUGACAAUUAUGUAGAUAUUCCUAGAUCAGAUCAUAUGGUUGUCACGUGCCGUCAGGACACCAGCCCGGCAACAAGAAUUCAUCAUUUAAAUCAUUUACCGAGAACACCACAGGUUAAGUUAGUUAGGGCAUGGUCUCAGGGUCCAAGAUCGAAAGACACGGAAGAUUGUUUACGUGCUAUCGCGCACGAUCCGGAAUGCUGCGAGAUAUUGGAGCAGUGCUUGAAAGAGAUCGUUUUGAGAUCCAGCGUGACGCAAAGUCUAAAGGGACUCAUAACCGCAGGACUCGUAAAGUCUGUUAAAUAUAGCAGCGCUAAAAUAAUUAAGAUGUUACAAUCAAAUCCUCCUCAACGUUUGCUGCUCAAAUCGGACUCGAAAAGAAUUGAUAAAAUUGUUGAAACUGUUGUAAAGAAAACAGAGACCAAGAAUACCGAGAAACGUAUCGAGUAG